AUGCUGAAGGCCGGUCAUAUUGAUCAAUCUACAAAGCUCUUCUUCCAGCACAAGCGCACAGAUCCAAUUGUUAUUCAAAAACUUUCGAAUUCGGAGAAACAGAGAGAAGCAGAAGAUACGUUAGGGAUGAUUCUUAUAGCGACCGACUAUUACAGGGAACUUUAUCAAUCACCCCCAACAGUGGAACCAGAACAAAUGCAAAGGUUUUUGAGUCCAGUGGGAGACAAUCUCUCAGACUCACAAAGGGCCGCCCUUAACAGACGAUUUACUCAGGAUGAACUUCUCCAAGCCCUUCGGAAAAUGGAGAAGUCUUCAGCACCAGGACCCGAUGGUAUCCAGAACUCAGUGUUAGAACACUUCUGGGAGGAUGUCGGCCCCAUACUCACACGCGAGGCUAAUAACAUGAUGAGGACAGGAAAGUUACCACAGAGUUUUAAGAAGGUUUUGAUUACGCUCAUUCCUAAACGUGAUCAAAACCAGUCUACGGAAAUUGCAAACCUUAGACCUAUCUCACUCACCAACACGACGCUUAAGGUGGUGUCGAGUGCAGCCUGCAAUAGGCUACAGAAAGUGCUUGACAAAUUGAUAGGUCCUUACCAAAGAGGUUUCAUUAAAGGUCGACAUAUCAACCAUAAUACCAUGGAGUUCUUCACCAUGGUCCAGCUUAUCCAGGACAAUAGAGAGAAGACCAAAGCUUCGUAUUAUCAGGCUAUUUUGAUGGCUGAUUUUACUAAAGCGUUUGACCGCAUCUCUCAUCAGUAUAUCCAAGCCGUUCUUGAAAAAAUGCACAUUGGGACCAAAAUGUGCCGAUUACUUAUGCUGUUGCUUAAGGGCCAGUUUGCUCAGAUUAGAAUGAACAAUUGCGGAGGGCCUCAUUUCCCAAUUGAUUGUGGAACGAGGCAAGGGAAUCCACUCUCUCCCUUACUCUUCAACAUCGCGUUGGAGCCGUUAUUGUUGCAUUUAAAGCUACUAGAAGGAAUUGAGCUAAGCUAUGGUGAUAUCAAACUUGGGCGAAUGCAAUACCAUGCAUUUGCAGAUGACGUCAACAUCUACUUAGCCAACUUGAGAGACUAUGCACAUGCCGCUAAGUGCAUUAAACGUUUUGAAAGAGCCAGUAAUAGUAAGGUUAGUGCAUCGAAAUCCAAACUCAUAGGAUUUAGGCGUGACUAUCCCGAGCAAGAACAAGAUAUUUUGCCCUACCCACAGAGUUAUAUCAACCGGGAAGAGCUAAAAUAUUUGGGGAUUAGCAUGAAAGGGGUGAACUGGCGGCAUUUCAUCUACUACCUUCCAUUUAUGACCUACAAGCAAGGAUACAGAGGAUUGGAUAUCAUCAGUAAGACUAUCGGGACCAACAUGUUCGUGAGUUCCAAGACCAUAUACAAGGACUUGGUCCAGUGUAUGACAGAGAAGGAACUUCGAAAUAUUGACGAUGCCAUUCAAAGAAUGUUUAAAGGGGUCCUGGCACCAAAAUUAUAUGCUAGACCAAAGAAAGGCGGUUAUGGCCUCAUUGAAUUGAGUUCACAGUUACAAGGACAUCGUGCCAAGGUGUUAGCUAGAACACUUGGUGACGAUCAGCUGUGGUUCAUCAAAUACUUGAGGGCGAAGAUGCUUCACCACGUUGUGAAGAUUUUCCAUAACAACCGACGUGCCAAAAUAAGACAAAGCCAUGGGCUUUAUUGGGAAGAAUUUCUCUUUGAAGCCAAUGGACGUUAUUUCGAGAACUUGGAGUGGACAUUUACUGAGAACGAAAUUCAGUAUAUCGAAGCUUGGAAGAAAUUAGUUAAAGGGACUCGAACCACUCACCCGGCCACAAUAGCCUCGAGGGUUCGAGUGGAGGAUGUGGAGCUGAUCUUGGGGAUCCCGGGCCACCCAAGACCACAUGAAUCUCAGCAGCUAAAUACUGGGAUCUUCACCUCCAGAAGCCGAAAGAAACAAGAAGAGAAACCACCAAUUAUGCCAGGAAGAUUCAGAGAAAUUUGCCCAGAGGCCCGACCUAUCAAGAGAUGGGACAAAUUCUGGAAAAGUUUACACCGCGAGGAAUGGCUCAAGCGAAAUGAGUUUGGGGCCAUUCAUCAUUUCAACUUUGGAUCUUAUGUUCCUAUCCAUGACAAACCUGCUCAUGGAAUGACGCUAUGCCAUUUAUGCCAACAACAGUACAGACAGGACAAUAUGCUCCCAGGCUACAACGCAAGGACAGAGUUAUAG